GGUCAUUUAGACAGACGUCCUUUGAAUUGUCAAAUUUACGCAAAACAGAAACUGGAAUAAUUUUUUUUGUGUAUUUACAACACCCAACUCACUACAAUAACGUCAUUACUCACAAGUGAUUUAAUUUUAGUUAGCAUGGAUUAAUUUCAAUUUCUGUAACGUGUGUCGCGUAAAUUGAGUACACAAUCCAAUUUGUUUACUUUUAUCUUCCCGUACGACCUUGUCAUAUAAAAAUAAAGGAAAACGAAGAAUUUGCAUUUUUGUAGUGGAAUCUGCUUAAAAACCAGUUUCUUGGUGUUGAAAGUGUAUUACUUUUCCUGUUGACAAUGGUCGCUGAAAAUUUUUAGUUUGUGGACAGUGUCGUGCUUACUUAGUGUCGUUAUUAUGGUUGAAAUUGGACUUAUUCCUCUGUUAUGGCUGAGGACACCUCAAGGCCCCCUCAGAAGCAGUACGAUUACCUACUAAAAUUUCUUCUCGUUGGAGACAGUGAUGUAGGCAAGCAAGAAAUUCUUAGCGAGCUUGACGAUGGCUCAUCGGAGUCUCCUUUUUGUAGCGGCAAUGCAUAUAAGACCACUACGAUUUUAUUAGACGGUAAACGGGUUAAACUGCAACUGUGGGAUACCUCGGGACAAGGCCGUUUUUGUACAAUAAUACGCUCGUAUUCUCGAGGGGCACAAGGCGUCCUUCUAGUGUACGACAUCACCAACCGCUGGUCGUUUGACGGAUUGGAUCGCUGGCUAAAGGAGGUUGACGAACAUGCGCCCGGCGUUCCGAAAGUUUUAAUCGGCAACCGGUUGCACCUGGCGUUCAAACGGGAGGUCGGAGAGCGUGAUGCCGAAGUGUACGCCAACAAGCAUAGUAUGGCAUUUUUCGAAGUCUCGCCGUUGUGCAAUUUUAACGUCGUCGAAAGUUUUUGCGAGCUGUCACGGAUGGCUUUACAGCGUAACGGCAUGGAGAGACUUUGGCGCUCGAACAAAGUACUGAGCCUGCAAGAGCUUUGCUGUAGAGCGAUCGUCGCGAGGACCACCGUUUACAGCAUCGAACAACUACCUCUACCUCCGAUCGUGAAAUCUCAUCUCAAAUCGUACGCGCUCACCACGUCCAAUACCCAACUGCGAUACACACACAGCCAACGCAAAAGUACGAGCAGAAAGCUUCGUUUCAUCAGUACCCCCACCUCGCCCGGAAGUAAUAACAGAAGUUGUGUUCCUCGAAAUUCCUGCACGAUCUCAUGAUAACCCGGGAUUGUGCGGUCGAGACCUAGUCAUCUUAACGAUUGAUCUGCAAUAAAAUAUAUAAAACUAUUUUUGUGCGUUAACGGAACAGGGUGAUGACGAUAGAGGGAGUAGUUUUAUUUUCAAACAGAUAGCGUAACUUAUUUUGUGAAUGGCAGUUUACAACUAACCGUCCUGUAAUUUUUAAAUGUCUACGAUGUAUGUUUUGUAAUAACAACUUA